GCAGUUCAUGAAUGAUAACACAUGCCUUGUAAAUUCCUUUGAGCUUAAAACACUUCAUAAAAGUUUCACUGGAAAGCAGACCUGCUGGAUACCCAAGACCGAUAAGAAUCAGAUUUGCAGCUGAUUCAAAAGAGUGUAAACAUGGUUGCUGGGAGUUGCCUGGAAGACGUUCCCUUCAGAAUGACCGUCAGCUUCAUAGAUAGCUCAGUGGGAGAGGAGAAAGUCCUGAAUGGACCCGAGUUGGAGAUGCCCAACUGCACCAAGCUCCUGAUGUGCAUGAUGCCCGACUUUUCGCUAGAGAGAAAGGUGCUGUAUUGGGUAGACUCUGCGUCCCAGCAAGAGAGUUCCCGGGAUGACGUCGCCGCCGGUGUUGCCCCUACUGCUCCACCCUGCUGGCUCCUCCUGGUAGACCCUAAAGAGAACUUUGCUGCUGGGAGUAGCAAGGCCAAGGAUGAGGCCCCCGUCCAGGGAGCUGUAACCCUGGGCCCCGCAACCGGGAAAGGGAGGCAGGCGGGAAGAACUGGCGAGGGCCUGGACCCUGAGGAGCAGGGGGGCUCUGAAGGCGAGGACUCAUCCCCGACCACAUCCGGAGAGAGCGAUGGAGAGGAGCCGCUCUCGGCCAACGCCAGGCACAUUCCCAGCACGUUGCCCCGGUUCCUAAGCCUGCCCCAGUGCCGACCAAAGACCUCGCCCAUGCCGCUGGCUGGCCCCUCAGAGGGCAGCUGCCCCAAGCCGCCCCUGCUCAGACAGCGGCAGUCCAUGCUUUUAUUUCACAACGUGAAGGACGAGUGGAAAGGGGCCAAAGAGAAGCUCUCCGCUUUCAUGCACCCUUCGAGCCACGCUCCACCGAAGCCCACCCUGGCUGCCCGCGCUUUCUCCCUCCACCAGCGCUCACGGAGCAGCAGGACUCUCCGGUACGGCUCUCCCUCCGACGUGCCCCUGGCGGGAACGCUCACCCCCACUCCGCCCCACCGCCGGCCCCUCGCUGCUGCAGGAUUCGUUCCCCCGAUCCGGACGCACAAGCCCACAAUCGCAUCCCUCAGUCCUUAUUCUUGCCUCCCACCCACUCGUGGGGCCCAGCAGCCUCUUGGUUCCCACGGAAGUCAUCCUGACUCGACAGCUGACCUGCUUUCGGCACUCAGCCAAGAGGAACGUGACCUCAUCGAGCCGGUUUUAGCCCUGGGCUAUCCGAUACGCCGGGCGAUCCUCGCUCUCCAGAAAACGGGGCGACAAAGCUUGGGGCAGUUUCUCCGCUACCUUAGUGCCUGUGACAAGCUUUUGAACCAGGGUUAUGAAGAGGCACAGGUGGAGGAAGCCAUGGAAAUGUUCCAGAACUCGGAAAAGAAGGCUGCAGAAUUCCUUCACCUCCUGGCCCAGUUCGACGACAUGGGCUUCCCGCAAGCCGACAUCAAAGAAGUCCUCCUGCUGUGCGAGAACCACCGAGACAGGGCCCUGGAGGAGCUCAUGCUGCGGACACAGUGAGCGCAGCCCCAGUUCGGCUCUAAGAAGGGCAGCGAACCGCAGGGCGCCCGGCCUCCUGGCUCGGAACUUGCUUCGAAUGCAAGACCCUCCCUGGCGCAGCCACCCUCGGCCCCGUUCAGCUCCCGGUUCCAACUUGGCACGCAGAAGUCCUCCGGGGACCGCAUGAGCAGCUCAGGAAGGAGGAAGUCAGGCGGCCGCCUGCCGCUCUUUUUCCCUGGCUCCUGGCACAGACGGUGCUUUUCCGUGAUAGCACCUCCACCUUUCUUGGAUGAGGGUUCAGCUGCUCCUGGACUCACUCCAGAGGUGGCUUUAUCGCUACCCCUACCUUGCUGGGACCAGAAGACAGGAAUGGGAGGCUGGGCCCUGCGCCUCCCAGCUCAGCCCGUGGCUGACCUCACCCCAGCGUCAGUAUGAAAAAGGUGUAAGAAACAAGACAGAACCCCAUGGUCCCCCACACGGGCCACAGGAACCCAAGCUGCGCGAUCUGUGCGCCACGCAUCCACCCACAAGCGAAUCUGUCACGCUGACAGACAGAGCCAGGACCCUUGCAACCGAAAUGGCUCCCAUAAUUUCCAGCCUCAGGAUGACUCUGUAGAAUAACAUUAUUGAAGCCUGUUUCAGUUGCAUGGGCAAUGCCUUGAUUUGUCUGAUGGAGAAAUCGCAUUUUAGCGGCUUCUACUUGAAGGCUGUCUGGUCCUAAGUGUUGGCUGGAAAGUGGAUUGAGCGCAACCGAGUCCUGGAAGGGUGUGUGCGCGCUUGCUCUGCAGCACCUCCAGUUCCCCUCUGCCUGGAGCCUGUUGGCCUUUCACGACAAGGCCUGCUGUGCUGGAAUACCAGGACUGGCUUCCGCAACUGGAAGCCCCCCCGCAAUCAAGGGCUAGUACAUUGCACACACAGCGCCUCGGGGAAGGCAGGAUCGAUCGAUCGGGUCUCUGCUGCAGCCACCUUCCCAUCAGUCUUCUGCCUCCCCCACCUCUGUUUGCCCUGUGCUCAGGUGCACCACCUAAGCCCCCACACUCACCUGUCUGCAUAGCAGGGAUGGAGGGCAGAGUCCUUCUAUUUGCAUUUUAAUGCAGACUCACCCAAUGUGGAGGCUGCACCCGCAAACCUCUGUGUGAACAAAGAAAACUCUGCUUAACCUUCCAAAUGUGCAGUUCUCUGAAUUUCAUAACAACAUUCUCCCAUCAAAAAGUGCAGGCAAAAAUUGUACCAUAGGGGCUAAAACAUUCAAAAAUAACAUGCACAUAUCAGGGGGGAAAUGUUUCUUUGAUGCAAAACUGCCUACAAAAUCCAUGUAUUUGGAGCACCAAAACUGUUUAUGAGAAUUCCGGGAAAUUUUAAAAGGAGAAUUCUUAAAGUUUGGGAUGAAUUGAAAAUUGGAGAAAUGAGAGAAAACAGAAGCGACAGAUUCAGCUGUUCCUAUUGCAAAGGAUUCCAUGAUUGCGCUUGGCUAUAAUUACCUCAAUAGCUGUGUCCUAAUUAGAACUCUGGAUUUGAAAUAAGGAGGGAAAAAACAUGUUUGCAAGUAGGAGCAGUUCUUUAUUUGCCCCACGACUGCGGACAAAUUAGAGUUGUUCCCUUAGACAAAACUAUGUACUUAUCUGCAUCUAGCGUAUUUGUUUUCGCCAAGCUUUUUUUUAAAAAAAGGGAACUUGUGUCUCAUAUUAAAAGAAACAGGUAAAACAACUCUGAGAGCAACAAAACAGAAGAAAACAAGCAUCCUUUGUGGUCCUGUAGGUACCUGAUACAGCCCAUUUUUUUCCUCAAAUAAAGGACUCACUUCUA